UCAAAAAGUGACAGACUGAUUUUUAACCAAAACAGGUUAGUUCAUGGUUAGUUCGAAAACGUGUGUAAAAGUCGCACCAUAUUUUACCAUAAAAGUAGUCUAAAAUUUCCGUAAAAUGCCCGCGGCUGAAGAAGUGAAGUCCAGUUGGGCUGACGAAGUCGAAUUAGAGGGUGGUUCGCUGCCACCCCCUACAGAAGCAUACGAUAACGGCCUCAAAGUAAUCACCGAAUACUCUUACAACGACGACGACAAAAAAACCAAAAUCGUCCGUACGUACAAAAUCGAGAAGCGCGUCGUCUCCAAGUCGAUCGCCGUACGCAAAACUUGGAAAAAAUUCGGCGAAAGCGCAAACGACAAACCUGGACCGAACCCUGCUACGACCAUCGUAGCGGAAGACGUGUAUAUGCAGUAUAUCACGAGUAAGGAAGAGGACAACAAGCAGGAGGACGAAGGACUUGAUAAACUUAAAGCCCUCGGAGACAAGAACGUUGUGAAAUGUAGAACGUGCAGCGGCGAUCACUGGACCUCCAAGUGUCCCUGGAAGGACACGAUGUUGGCAGGAGGAAAAGUGCCUGACGAUAAAAAAGGUCCCGCAAUUGGGGGACCUCCAACUGGAACGGACACCAGUAAGGCAGGCGGAUCUAAGUAUGUUCCACCAAGCAUGCGCGACGGGGCUGCUAAAAGAAGCGAUAAUCUCAGUAUGGCGAGACGGGAUGAUGCGACGGCUAUUCGAAUUACUAAUCUCAGUGAAUCUACAACGGAAACUGAUUUAGAGGAUCUGGUUAAACCAUUUGGUCCCAUACAGAAGUUGUAUUUGGCCAAAGAUAAACAAGCUGGUUAUUGUAAAGGAUUUGCUUAUAUUCACUUUAAAUUUAGAAAUGAUGCUGCUAAGGCUAUUGCUAUGCUUAAUGGGCAUGGGUACGAUCACCUUAUUCUUACAGUUGAUUGGUCUAAACCACAUCCAAACUAAUACUGCAAUUAUUUAUGUAUUUGUUGUUUAUUUGUAAUAAAAAUAAUAUGUACAAAAACAAAAUUAGCUGUCUGUGAAAAUCUAUACCCGCCAACAUUGUAAAUACGGAAGUGAGAUUAGGGUGGUAACAGAACAGUUGAACUGAAAUAUCUACAAAGGGUAACAAAUAUCACUAAUAGAUAAUAUAAAAAAUUAAAUAAUAAGAGAAAGAGUAAAAGUAGAAAGUGUCAACAGGUAUAUACAGACAGAACGAAUAACUGAGGUGGUGGGAAUAUAUGACUAGCCUAGAUAAUGGGUAAAGGAAGAGAGGCAGACCUAGGAACACAUGGAAUAGGGAAGUAUUUUGAAACAACAAAAACUGGAUUGGAAAGAAGCCGAAAUGCAGUCAAAGAUAGUAAGAAGUGGAAAAGGAUAAGUUUCGUGGUAUUAUUUGUAGAUGUCUGAGUUACCUGUUGAAUAUAGAACUUUUACUGA